UCUAAAAUUGUACUUAUGUUUUAAUAGUAUUGAUUUAAUACUAUUGAUCGUCAACUUGACAAUGAAUAGAAAAUAUAAAAAAGACGUUCCUCAUGGUUUACAUCGAUGCAUGGCACGUUUUUUAAGAUCUUAUGUCAGUUUUGUUGAUCAUUGUUCGUCUCCAUCAUCUUCUUUCAUCCUUUCCGGAGACUUGAAUAUUUCAGAAGUCAGAACCAAAAGAUUCAUCUGAGCCCUAAAUCUUACUCCCAUGGAGGAUCAUCCAGAGAGGGUCUAUUAUAUUAUACCAUCAUGGCUACUCUUUUGGUUCUUAUGACAAAAGUCUACGAGUAUAACAGCAAACUCCCGAACAAAGCCGUAUUGACUCUCUACGCGAUUCAUAUCUACCUCCUCCUCGAGCUCAUCCUAGCCGCCACGGCCACCAUGGUUCGAGCCAUGUCAGGUCUUGAGCUAGAGCUACAGUUCAACAAACCGUACCUGGCGACAUCUCUUCAAGAUUUCUGGGGGAGACGAUGGAACCUGGCGGUCACUGGAAUCCUAAGGCCUACCGUGUACGAGCCGAUGAUUCAGCUCUUCUCUGUCUUGGACCCGAACUGGUCACGUGUUCUUGCUGUUCUCGCCACGUUUGUUGUCUCAGGGUUGAUGCACGAGCUCAUCUUCUUCUACAUGGGAGGGUUGAUGCCGGAUUGGAAGGUAAUGUGGUUCUUCCUUGUACACGGGCUCUGCACUACUGUGGAGAUCGCCGUCAAGAAAAAAGUCAACGGGAGGUGGAGGCUUCCGACAGGAGUCGGUCGUGUUUUGACGUUCGGGUUUGUCAUGGUGACGGGUUUGUGGCUGUUCUUGCCGGUGUUUAAUCGGGGCAACAUAUUUGAGAGGGCUCUUGAAGAGUAUGCAUAUGCAGGCGCGCUUGCAGCCGAGCUCAAGACCAUCAUGGCAUCUCUACUUUAAAUACUUGCCCAUGAAAACAAAUCUUGAGUUUCAUAUUGCUACAAAACAUAUCAAGAAUCAUGAUCACAUCGCAUGCGACUCUUUAUUUGUCUUCUGUUGAUACAACAGUUCUAAAGUUUCUGCAACUCUCUUCACUUGGAUGAAAACAUGAAUCAAGAAAAUAGUGGGAAGUUUAUAAAACUAUACAUUAAAAAUUGAAAACAA